AUGUCCAGCAGUCCUCUAGACGAGAUUCAAUGGAAAUCGCCAGAAUGGAUCCAGCACUUCGGACUCCAUUCAGCAAAUGUUCUAGACUACUUUGCAGAGUCGCCUUUCUAUGACAGAACCUCGAACAACCAGGUUCUUCGCAUGCAGCUACAAUUCCAGCCCAUUCCCCCAAACGUACACCCACAGAAAUACUUUCAAUCUCGGCUUACAGAAAUGACCGGCAUCGAGUUUGUGGUUGCAUAUACGCGCGAGCCUGAUUUUUGGGUCGUUCGUAAACAAAAUCGUUCGAGCCCAGAACAUGCUGCUCCUCUCAAUGAUUACUACAUUAUCGGUGCCAAUGUGUACCAAAGUCCAGUGAUUUAUGACAUUCUCUCUUCGCGGUUGCUUUCGAGCGUGCUCUCGAUGAAAAAAUCGUUGAGUCUACUAAAUUCAAUGGCAUCGUUUUCCAUCGCAGAGGGAGGGCACACAUACCCAGAUCAAACCGAGUCCAGUGCCUCACAGGCGAGUGGGAAGCCUCUGUCUGCAAGCAUGUACACAAAUACUCCUACUUCAAUUUCCAAUCCUGGCACCGCUGCUGCGACUGCCGGUGGUGGAGAAACCAACAUGCCAUCCAUUACUGGAGUCGUGGCCAACAACGAGAUCCUGUCACAAGCUUUUGACAAUCUAUUAGGCAGUAUCUUGGCGACUGGCACAGAGAAAAGCAUAUAUUUGGACGACAUUCCGUUGUAUGGCAAAGGAAGCACGGUCGAGAUGUUGGGUGUAAGGCUCAAUCUCAACGAUGACACUGAAUAG